UAUUGUAUUUUGAGGAAUUUAUCGACUCUCGCGCCAGUUUAGUAUAACGAUACUAACCGCUACUAACGCUGAAACGAUCGAACAUAACCUUUAAGUAAAUAUCUUUAUAUUUAACUUUCGGUAGUUUCUUAUACGUAACAUUGAAUUAACAUAAAACAUUAUCGCGAAAGUACUUACAGAGUAAAUAUGGAAACGGAAAAUUGGAAAGAGUUAGAUGUUGCUUUGAGUAAGCCUGUAUUAGAAACGCUCGAAGAAUUGAAAUUUAAAACUAUGACUCCUGUUCAAGCAGCCUGUAUACCUCUCCUUUUAAAAGGGAAAGACGUUGCUGCAGAAGCAGUAACGGGUAGCGGCAAGACGCUUGCUUUUCUUAUUCCUCUAUUGGAAAUAUUACAAAGACGGCCUGACAAAUGGAAAAGUACAGAAAUAGGAGCUGUAAUAAUAACGCCGACCAGAGAAUUAGCUGUUCAAAUCAGCGAAGUAUUGGCCAAUUUCUUAAACAAACUUUUAUUAUUAAAACAAGUAAUACUUGUUGGUGGUACAACUAUUAACGAAGAUAUAGAAAAAUUAAAGGAUGGUGCCAAUAUUAUCGUAGCAACUCCUGGUAGACUAGAAGAUAUGCUUUCUAAUUGUAAAAGUAUCAAUUUAACAAAGCGCUUAAAAUCUUUGGAAAUAUUAGUUUUGGACGAAGCUGAUAGAUUACUCGACUUGGGUUUCUCUAAAACAUUAGACACUGUAUUAAGUUAUUUACCGCGUUUAAGAAGAACGGGUCUAUUUUCUGCUACUCAAACUAAAGAAUUGCAGCAAUUAAUCAGAGCGGGUUUAAGGAAUCCAGCUUUUGUUUCCGUAAAAGAGAAAGCUAAUAUAUCGACACCUUCGAGCUUAACAAAUAAUUAUACAGUAGUACAAGCUGAAAAUAAGUUACCAACGAUGAUAAGUUUCAUUCAACAAAAAGGAAUUAACUUGAAAUAUAUGAUUUUUCUAUCUACCUGUGCGUGUGUAGAUUAUUUCAGUCAUGUUAUACAAACAAUAUUGUCAAAAACACGAGUAUUAGCUUUGCAUGGUAAAAUGAAAAAAAAAAGAUACAAAAUAUUUGACAAGUUUCGUUCAAUGGAAGGUGGCAUUUUGAUAUGUACUGACGUCAUGGCUAGAGGUAUUGAUAUAUCAGAAGUAGAUUGGGUAUUGCAAUAUGAUCCACCAUCCACAGCAAGCAACUUUGUGCAUAGAUGUGGAAGAACAGCUCGAAUAGGACAUCAAGGUAGCGCAUUACUUUUCUUAUUAAAAAAUGAAGAUGCGUAUGUAGAUUUUAUUAAAAGAAAUCAAAAGGUAGACGUGCAAGAAAUGAAAUUGGAAGUGUGCUCGGAUAUGGCGAGAAAGUGUUUACAAUUUAUGCACGACUUACAAUUGAAAGAUAGACAAAUAUUUGAUAAAGCGAAUAGGGCAUUUGUAUCAUACGUGCAAGCAUAUAAUAAACACGAAUGUAAUUUAAUUUUAAGAUUAAAAGAUAUUGACUUGGGAAGCCUUGCCAUAGGUUUUGGUUUAUUAAAAAUGCCACGAAUGCCUGAAUUGAAAGGACGCGAUGUUACAUCUUUUGUUGCUCCAGAAAUUGAUUUCAAUUCGAUCACAUAUUUGAAUAAGGAAAAGGAACGAAUCAGAUUAGAAAAAUUAAACGAGUUUCGUAAUACAGGUACUUGGCCUAGAAAAAUUAAACGUAAAUUUAAACAAACAGAAUCUUGGACUGAAACGAAAAAAAAGAAAUUAGAAAAACAAGAAAAACGUCAAAGGCGAAAAGAAAAAAAAAAAGUUUUACAAGAAAAAGGUAUUGACCAAGUUAAAAAGAAGAAAAGGUCUAUUACUGCGGAAGAGUUGGAAGAAUUAGCAAAAGAUGUAGCGCUGAUCAAAAAAUUUAAAAGGAAAAAGAUAACUAAAGAAGAGUUUGAGGCAGAAUUUGGGGUUUGUUAACGAAAAAUUUAAAGAAAUAUAAAUAGUAGGUGAUAAUAUUUUAGCAAAACAUUUUUAAAGAAAGAAAACAAAAGAAAACAAAAGAAAAUAAUUUUUACAACAGUCCAACGCAACGUUUUACUCUUUUUUAAUCUUUCUAUACUUUGUAUUUAAACAAUCGCAAGUUCACCAACGAUAUAAAGAAAUAUAUUUUUAUCCAAAAUAAAAACAACAAGUAUAUAUG